GAGCUUUUUCGCCUUUCUACACACACGUCACAUCCUCCACAAAACGCAAACCACAACGCGCAUUCUCUCUUUUACGUGCAACACAAAUUAGAGGAAGCAAAAACGAACAACAAAAUCAGGAGGGUCUGUUAAAAAAAACAACCCAGAACAGCCGCAAAAAAUGUCCCGCCUCCUCCGCCUCCACCGCACCCUCGCUCUCACGCCGCCCGCGAGGCGCCUCAACUCCUCCUUCACCCGCGGCCCCGCGCCCCCGCGCCUCCCGCCCGACCAGCAGGCCGAGUUCGAGCGCCUCCAGCGCCAGGCCUCUGUCUCGAGCGCCUUCCAGCACCUCGUCGAGGACGCCCCGGACGCGACGCCCGCGGCCACGACCACAAACCCCUCCUCUCCCCCCUCCGACACCGUCACCGCCGCCGCCACCGCUGCCGCCUCCGACGCACCAAACACUCCGACCCCCACCGUCGCCGCCACGGACGAGGACACGAUGCAUCCCAACUACGUCCGCGGCGCGCCCCCCGAGUUCGAGGGCGACGUCAACCCCCGCACCGGCGAGGUCGGCGGGCCUAAGAGGGAGCCGCUGCGCUGGGGCGCCGCCGGGGACUGGAGCUACAACGGCCGCGUGACGGAUUUUUAGGCACCCCUUCUCUCUCUCUUUU